GCCGGCAAGAUGGCGGCGCCCAGCGAACCCGCGGGCUUCUCUCGCAGCGGUCUCUUCUCCUUCCUGCCCGGCGGCGCGCGCUCCCAGAUGACCGAGGACGACUUGGUGACUGACGCGCGGGGCCGGGGCGCAGGGCAUGGAGACGCCGCCACCUCCGCCUCCACCUCGGCCCCGCAAGGUUUGGAGCACGGGAAGCGGCCGUGCCGGGCCUGUGUGGACUUCAAGUCGUGGAUGCGGACCCAGCAGAAGCGGGCCAUCAAGUUUAGGGAGGAUUGUCCACAGGAUCGGGAGGAACUGGGUCGCCACACCUGGGCUUUCCUCCACACGCUGGCCGCCUAUUACCCGGACAUGCCCACCCCAGAACAGCAGCAAGAUAUGGCCCAGUUCAUACAUAUAUUUUCCAAGUUUUACCCCUGCGAGGAGUGUGCGGAAGACAUAAGGAAGAGGAUAAGCAGGAACCAGCCAGACACAAGCACUCGGGUCUCCUUCAGCCAGUGGCUGUGCCUUCUGCACAAUGAGGUGAAUCGGAAGCUGGGCAACCUGACUUUGACUGCUCCAGAGUAGAUGAGCGAUGGCGUGACGGCUGGAAGGACGGCUCCUGUGACUACAAGAUUGUCAGCAGAGCGU